UUCAAUGCCACGUAAUGAAUAAAUGUAAUUCCCAGAAAAGAUUAGGGGUAUUUUAGACAAAUCACCGAAUCCACAUCCUAAGUCUUCUGACUUGUCAUAACCCUCCCAAACUCUCCAAUCUGCUUAGUUUCAUUUUCGUCCUCUUUCCAUCGAGAAUUAAAAUGGACAGAGAACAACACGAGCUUCAGUUUCUCGGUUUCUUUGGAAUCUUCAAAGAAUCGUAUAAGAUCGUCCUCAAAUGGCGGAAAAUCUUCAGCCAAAUCACUCUAGCCCUAAUUCUCCCUCUCUCCUCCAUCUUCCUUGCCCAUUUCCAGGUCUCUCAAAUCCUCUUCUUCAAAAUCCUCAACAACGAGGACCGACUCAACGACACCGACGUCAACAAUCAAGAGCACUCCAAGCUUAAACAUGCCAUCUCCUCCCAAUGGACCGGAUUCUGGCUCUUCAAGGUCGCCUACUUCACCUUCUCCCUCGUCCUCCUCCUCCUCUCCACCGCCGCCGUCGUCUACACCAUCGCCUCCAUCUACACCGGCAGAUCUAUCUCCUUCAAGAAGGUUAUGAGCGUCGUGCCUAGGGUUUGGAAGAGACUCAUGGUCACUUUCCUCUGGAGCUUCGCGAUCGUCCUCGUUUACAAUGUUCUCGCAAUCGGAUUACUCGUCGUGUUGGCUCUCUUGACGGGGUUUUCUCCGGUUGGAAUCGUCUUCAUAAUCUUAUUCCUGAUCCUUUAUAUCGCUGGAGUGGUGUAUAUUGGCAUAAUUUGGCAUUUGGCUUCGGUGGUUUCGGUUUUGGAAGAGGUCUACGGGAUCAAAGCCAUGAAGAAGAGUCGGAUUCUGAUAAAGGGGAAAACGGGAGUCGCCGUGGCCUAUUUCCUGAUUCUCGGAUUCAUCUUCGCCGGAGUCGAAUUGCUGUUUGAGCAGUUCGUAGUGUUCGAUUUCGCUAACAGUUUGGCUGUACGGAUUGGGGUUGGAAUCCUCUGCUUCUUGCUACUGUUCAAGCUGAUUCUCUUUGGUCUUGUGAUCCAAACCCUUAUUUACUUGGUCUGCAAAUCUUUUCACCAUGAGAAUAUUGAUAAGCCAACAUUGUCGGAUCAUCUCGAGGGGUACCAUGGUCAUUAUGUUCAGCUCAAAUCUUCUAGGGAUGUCCAAUUAGGGGAACUUCAUGUUUAGUUCAACCCUUUUUGUCUUAAUUAUCUUCUCAAAAAAUAAUGUCAUCAAUUCGAAAGGAUGUGUAUAAGUUAAACGAACAUUGUUGUUUAGCUGUAGAGUUUGUUAUGGGACAAAUUAUGUGUGAUUUUCUUGCUUAAAUUAAAUAUAGUAUAUAUCAAGUUUUGGGGGAUUA